AUGGCACCCAAACCAAAAUUUCAAGUUGCCUUUGAAGAGGUUGAAGUAUCUGAUGAUGAAGAAGAUCAAGGAAAUGAGUUGUCAGAAAACGAGUUUGAAAAUUUUAUUCAGCAAAAAGAUGGCAUACCUUUGGAAGGAGCUCAAGCCUUAAGAAGCUCAUUUGAAACACCUGAGCUAGACAUCUCCAAAGGCAAAAGCAAGCUUCCUGACUCUGAAUUGGACAUUCGUAUCAGUGAUCUUGAGAGAGAGAACUCCGACAAAGCUUCAAAGAUUUCAGAACUUCAAGCAAAUCUUGGUGGUCUAACUCCUCUAUUCUUUGACCUGAAACAACGUCUAUUUCAAAAAUUUGGUGAUGAAUUUCAACCUUUGAGCGCUGAAGGAGAAAAGACCAUUGCUUCUAGUUCUGGUCCCGCCAAUCCAACUUUUCCAUCAUCAAGUGAAAGAGUUACAAGGCAUGAUCCAGAUGCUAAUCUUGGUUCAUUCUUAUAUACUGGUCCUGCUUCUGCUCAAGAAAGAAGGGAGAAGAAAAUAAGGGUUGAACAACUGAAAGGGAAGAUGCUCGUGAUGAAGCAUUCAUACCAAAAUGCCCCAAGUGAUCACCCUGAGAUAUUUUUCAGGGAAAACGGACAGAAAUUCACAGAUAAAUCGACAUCACCUCCUCCACCAUACCAUAAUGCAUGA